AUGCAAGAUCUAUAAUUUUUGGAUAUAAACAAUACAAUAAAAAUUGAUUUAAAUAAUCAAAUUGAAAGGUAAGAGGAUGACUAGGAUUCUGAUUAAUCUAAAGUAGAUAUUAAUAACUCAUAAUCUAAAGACUCUGAAAAUAAUAAUUAAUCAGAAUUAUUAAUAAAUAUGUUCAAAAAUUCUUUUUAUAUUUAUGCAUACUUCAAUAUAAGCAUUAAAAUAUUAAACUUGUUUAAAUCAAAGUAUAAAUUCAUAUGGAAUAUGUAUGAGCACAUUUAAAAAUGA